CUCGAUGUGAAUUGAUCGUGGAAAAAUAAAUAAAUUUAUUGAAAAGAAAUUCGUCAGUGAAGUUUUUAAAACGUGCAGAAAUAUGGACAUAUCAGAUUUUAAAAUUAAUGGUCAACUUGACUUUGUCCAGAAAGAUGUUUCCGAGUUUCGUGAUUACACAAUUGAUGAUAAGGAUCCAGUAAAGGAGAGAGUGAGACGAACUUAUCGCUUGAUGCAUCUUAAUCAAACGGUUGACUACGUAAAAAAAUGUCGUGAUGAAUGGCUUAAAUUCAAUCAUGCGAAGAUGACUGUGCGUGAGGCUUUGGAGAAGCUUAAUGACUUGAUAGACGAGAGUGAUCCGGAUGCUGACUUUCCCAAUAUGAUUCAUGCCUUUCAAACAGCCGAACGAGCCCGUAAGGAAUAUCCUCAACACGAUUGGCUUCAUUUGACUGCAUUGAUUCAUGAUAUGGGAAAAGUUAUGGCUUUUUAUGAUGUGCCCCAAUGGGCUGUUGUCGGAGACACAUUUGUCGUUGGAUGUGAAUGGACGGAAAAUAUUGUCUACCGAAAUGAAAGCUUUGAGGGAAAUCCCGACGGAAGUAAUCCAAAGUAUAAUACAAAAUAUGGAAUGUAUGAGCCGAAUACAGGCUUGGAUAAUCUCCUUUUAAGCUGGGGACAUGACGAGUACUUGUAUAAUGUCCUUAAGCACAACAAAAGCAAACUUCCUAAACAAGCAUUGAACAUUAUUCGCUUCCAUUCAUUCUAUCCAUGGCAUACAUUUGGCGACUAUGAACAUUUAAUGAAACCCGAGGACGAAGAAACAAAAAAUUGGGUUCUGAUAUUUAAUCGUUAUGAUUUGUACACAAAAUCAACAGUCAUUCCAGACGUUGAUGCUCUGUGGCCAUACUAUCAGGGAUUGAUUGACAAAUAUGCUCCUGGCGCUCUUGAAUGGUAGACUUUUUUUUUGAGGGGGUAUGGAGUAUUGAUGCAGACAAAUUAUUAAGGUGUGUUGUGAGGUGGAAAUGUGAAUUUUGAGAUGGAGAUAAGGAAGAUUUUGAAGAAUUCAAAAACAAUUUCAAGACUUUUUAUUAGAUUGUUUUAA